UAAAGGUUUCUGAAUUUUCCUUUGAAAAAUUUCCCAUAAAACCCCUGUAAUAUUCAUCUGUGUGUCCUAUAAAUUGGAUUGCUUUCUUUGUCUUUUUUUUUUGAUUGUUGCUGUUGGAGAGCAGAUCCUGCCUUUGAUUGAAAUGGAAUCUUCCACUAUUUAUCAAGUCUUUGUUGAAUGAGUCAUCCAAGCUGCCUCUUAUUGGCUGAGGUGGUUAGUUCCCAAGGGAUUGCCUGGCAGAGACUGCAAGACCCUGCUUCAUUCACAGAAAUAUUGGCUUGCUAGCUGGCCCUUUCAUUCACAGAAACAGAAUUUCAUUCACAUUUUGUUGUUUUUCUCUGCUUCUAAAGAAAAGAACUGGUUGGGAAUUUUGUUUUCCCUUUGGAUAACAGUAGAAACACUCUAUCGUUUGUGUGUUUGCUGCUGCUAUGAUAGCCAGGGGAAGGAAAAAAUGAAUUCUGUGCCUCUGCUCAAGGAGGUUUGCGACAUGAUGAAAGGAGGUUCUGCAGCUCGCUAGCAAUUUGCUUGUAGGUUGAAAAGGACAUUUCUAUUAUUCAUCACACCUGGAAUCAGACUGGGCGGCGUCCCCUCAUUGUUCUAGAAAUUAUACCAAUGAAAUACAAUGAUUUGAAACUGUUUAAAUGGCUUGUAUAUCGGACUUAAAGCUCACUGCUAUUGGGCAGAGCCUCCAAACGACUUACUGUGCCGUGGUGAGUCUCAUGUCUUUUGGAAGGAGGUUGCUCAUUUUUUAAGACUAUUUUUAGAGAUUUUUUGCCUGUGAUCUAUCUAUGCUGAAAACGAGUAAAGCGAAUUCGAUGUGAGAAAUUAGUCCGGAGUUUUGGAACCUGCAUUGGGCCUUUCCAGGAGAGGGAAUUUCCCAUUUGUUCUCAUCAGAUGCCAGAAGGAAUGCCAAUUUUUAGCUCAAUCCUGCCAUCUGACUCCUCAAGAGAAAGGAUUUUUACGUGGAUUACAUUGGAAUGAAAGCAUUUUUCUUCCUUAGUGACUGCAGGACGUCAAGAUACAACCAAGAGGCUGUUGGAUUUGUUUCAUCUGGUUUUCUGGCCAUUUUAAUGGUUUAAAUAACCGAAGCAUUCCAAUGGGAUUGAGCUGCCUGCAGAGUCCUUUGGACUAUUUCUGUGGAGAAAAGGCACAGGGCUUCUGAAGCUUGUUGCCAUAUUUAAGAAACGUUUUUCUAUCGCCAUGUCUAUGUGACUUAUUCAUUAGGAAAAACCAGUGCUGGCAAAGGCAGGCUCAGACAUUUCCGUACUUUUGCUUUACAAUUGUUGGAGUGUCUGUAAAUCUUCAGGGCUUGAGGAAGAGAGCUCUCUCUCUGUCUCUCUCUCUCUGUCUCUGUCUCUCUCUCUCUCUGUCUCUCUCUCUCUCUCCUGUCUCUCUGUCUCUCUCUCCCUCCCUCUGUCUGUCUCUGUCUCUCUCUCUGUCUCUCCCUCCCUCUGUCUCUCUGUCUCUCUCUCCCUCUCUCUCUCUCCCCCCCCCCUUUCCAUCUCUCAGUCUCUCUGUCUCUGUCUCUGUCCCUCUCCUCUGUCUCUCAGUCUCUCUAUCUCCCUCUCCUCUCUCUCUCCCUCUCUCUCUCUCUCCCUCUCCUCUGUCUCUCUCUGUCUCUGUCUCUCUCCCUCUCCUCUCUCUCUCCCUCUCCUCUCUGUCUCUCUCUGUCUCUGUCUCUCUCCCUCUCUCUCUCCCUCUCCUCUCUGUCUCUCUCUGUCUCUGUCUCUCUCCUUCUCCUCUCUCUCUCCCUCUCCUCUCUGUCUCUCUCUAUCUCUGUCUCUCUGUCUCUGUCUCUCUCUGUCUCUCUCUCUCUCCCUCUCCUCUCUGUCUCUCUGUCUCUCCUCUCUCUCUCUGUCUCUGUCUCUCUCUCUCUCUCCUGUCUCUCUGUCUCUCUCUCCCUCCCUCUGUCUCUCCCUCUCUCUCUCUUUCCCUCUCUCUCUCUCUCCCUCUCCUCUCUGUCUCUCUCCUUCUCCUCCCUCCCUCCCUCCCUCCCUCUCUCUCUCUCUCUCUCUCUCUCUCUCUCUCUCUCUCCCUCUCUCUCUCUCUCUCUCUCUCUCUCUCUCCUGUCUCUGUCUCUCUCUCCCUCCCUCUGUCUCUCUCUCCCUCCCUCUGUCUCUCUGUCUCUCUCUCCUCUCUGUCUCCCCCUCUCUCUCUCUCUCUGUGUCUCUCUCUCUCUCUCCCCCCCCCUCUCUCUCCCCCUCUCUCUCCCUCUCUCUCUCUCUCCCUCUCCUCUCUGUCUCUCUCUCUCUCCUCUCUGUCUCUGUCUCUCUCCCUCUCUCCCUCUCUCCCUCUCCCUCUCUCUCUGAAGUGCUUUUCCGUCAAGUAGGGCCGUCACAUGCUUCUAAGGCUAUACAGGUGAGCCGAGCAGGCUGGGCUUAACCCCUGGGGCAGAACUGAAGAUUUGGGGCAUGUAAAGUAGCAGAUUCAGCUGUGGCCACAGAAGCAGCGCGUUGGCGGGGCAGCUGCCUUCGGAGGCCGCUUCGGCCUGUGCUACAAAGGCACGGAGGCUCGAGCAAGGUGAGGAGUCCAAAGAGAAGAGAAGGAAGAUUCUUGGAGCAAAUCUGCGGAAAGGGAUGGGAGGCUUUCGAGAAGCGAUUGGCUCGGCGUGCUCCAAGUGGGUGGAGGGGCCUCUUCUCCGGCAGGAAGCUGGAAGUGCUUCGCUGUGUUCACUGAGCCUUUGUUGAAAAGGGUCUCCUCAUUCGGGCGCUUCGCUGACACUUGGCGGCCGAGCGGGCCCGAGUCUGUCCGAGAACUGCCACUUUCCCGUCCCGGGAAGCCGGCGCAGCCUCCUUGGGUGGCCGGGGCUAUUUUGGCGAGGGUGCGCCGGGCAGUGUCCUUCUGCCUUCCUUCGGUAGCGCCUCUGAGUCGGGAGCGCCCGCCCCCAGUUACGGCCUCGCUCCGCGGUCAUGGAGUGCCUGCUAUGAGAGCGCAGGUGUUCCGGGGCUUGGCACCCGCUCUGCCCCAGCCUCCAGGGGAGCGGCCAGGCGGGCAUGCGUCCGCGCACCAAGUACAGCCGCUUCAGGAACGACUCGCUGACGCCCGUGGAUGACCUGGUCCACAGCUUGUCCGCGAGCACCGGCAAGGGGUCGGCCCUCGCCCCCGCCUCAGACCUCCCGGCCCCCUACGAGCUCUCGGCCCCGGAGGAUGGACCCGGCGCGCUCUGUGCCCUCCUGCAGAAAGUGGCUCACUUGAAAUGCUCCAGUGCCGGCAGCCUGGUGGCCGUCCACAAGCUGCCUCCGGCAGCCCAGGCACCAGGCGCCUCAGACAGCACAGGGAGCCCGGCCUCUGCCGCUCCGUGGUCUCCGCAGAGCACCGGCACCAUGAGCGCAGGCAAAGCGUGGCAGCCGGAGGACGCGCGCCCGGGAAGGGAAGCCGGCCGUUCCGGCAGCCUUUCGGGCAGGGAGCCUUCCGGAGGGCGGCUGUACUCGGACGAGGAGAUCCUGGGACCCGGCGUGACGUUUGAAGUGAAGUAUUUGGGCUGCUUAGAAGUUUUACGUUCAAUGAGAUCUCUUGACUUUAGUACAAGAACUCAGAUUACAAGGGAAGCUAUCAGUCGUGUUUGUGAAGCAGUACCUGGUGCCAAAGGAGGCUUCAGAAAACAAAAGCCACCACGGAAAAUCCUAUCCAAUAUCCUAGGAAAGAGCAACCUACAGUUUGCAGGGAUGAACAUCACCUUGAAUAUAUCAACCACUAGCCUAAACUUGAUGAUACCUUAUUCGAAACAGAUUAUAGCAAAUCAUCACAUGCAGUCUAUUUCUUUUGCCUCUGGAGGGGAUCCGGAUACAACAGAUCAUGUUGCCUAUGUAGCUAAGGACCCUGUUAAUCAUAGAGCCUGCCAUAUCCUGGAAUGCGCCGACGGCCUGGCUCGGGAUGUUAUCAGGACCAUAGGUCAAGCUUUUGAGCUUCGAUUCAAGCAGUAUUUGCGAUGUCCGUCCAAGCUACAGGCUCUCCAUGAAUGCAGGCAAAGUCUGGAUGAGCCGUGGAUGGAGGACGAAGGAGAAAGAGCAGAACAUCCAUAUUAUAACAGCAUUCCAAACAAAGUGCUCCAUACAGGAGGGUCUUUUGAUGCUAGAUCAAAAACCAGCAUUUGUACUGCUCACCCAAGCAAGUCUGCAGGAAGAGAGCAAACUUACUACCAGGGACGGCAUUUAGGAUGCAAAUUCAGUGAUGAUGGGCAGCAUGUACCUAUUUGGCAAGGUUCUUUGGAUAGUUAUAAUUGGCCAGAAGGAAGAUCCCGCGUCGCUCCUCCAGAAGAGGCUCCUAUCUAUGUGAAUGCGCCCUGUGCAAAUGCACAAUCUUUGCAGGCUGACAACGUGUUCGGUGAAACAACGGCCACUGCCAGAGACAGCAGUCCAAGAAAGGAUUUAUUCGACAUGAAACCUUUUGAAGAUGCUCUUAACCAAAGCAUGGGCCCUUUGUUGACUAAGGCUGCGUCAGUGGAAAACACCAGUCCAAUUAUAUCUAGAGCAGUUGAUUGGAAAGAGAUGGAAGAAUUGAAUUCAGAGCUUUGGUAUCAAGGAGAAAUGAGCAGAAAAGAAGCAGAGCAGCUGCUUACAAAAGACGGGGACUUCCUUGUCAGGAAGAGCACCACCAACCCUGGAUCCUAUGUCCUGACAGGCAUGCAUUACGGUCAAGUCAAGCACCUUCUUUUGGUGGACCCAGAAGGAAUUGUGCGGACGAAGGACCAAGUCUUUGACAGCAUCAGCCACCUCAUCAGCUACCAUCUGGACAACCGUUUGCCCAUAACGUCAGCCGGGAGCGAGCUCUGCCUUCAGCAGCCUGUGCAGAGGAAGCAGUGACCCUGGCGCCGCUGAGCCUCUGUCCUCAGUGAGCUCUGCUCCGUCAAUGCGCACCUCAGACAGCUUCGACUCAACGUGCAUCCUCCACAGCUUUGUCUCCUCGGAGAGGGCCAGCGACUCAGGAAUGGGUGACGCAGGGGCUCAAUGGCAUGGAAAACCUUCCUCAAACGGCAUUUUAAUCACCUUAUUCCAGUCACUUCACUUGCGUCCUCGCACCCUGCAUUUCUACCCAUACUUAUGACAUCUGUAGAGAUAAGACUGGUCUCUUUUAACUGAAAUGUCCACUCUGACUGUCCGAGCCGAGCUUGGGCUGGACUGCGCUGUUCCAGGAGGAAACUUCCUCUGGAGGAUGUUAUUUCGGUCCAGUGAAGACACUAGUUAGAUUGGAUGACCAGAAGGGCCGUAGGCGGGGCAGGCCGUGCUGCUCACUGGAAAUACUUGGGGAUCUUUCUGUGAAGUUCACAGAAAAGCUUUUUCUCCUGAAAACGCAGCAUUUGUUCUCCGAGCACGACGAGCUUGUGCCUGGUCUGAAAGUGCACCGCGUGACUUCCGAGCGAGCACUCGCUUCCUCCAACAGGUCCUCUGGGAUGCUGCCUUGAUCCGCAGAAAUCACGUCUAUGUCUGUGGUGGCGGGAGGCGGCCCGGCCCCGCCCCUUUGAGAGUCACGUGCUGGCAGGACGCUGGCCUUAGUCAGUGCUCCGCACCCCCAAAGCCCGAAGGUCUAGAGGGGGCUUAAAGCCAACUAUGCGCACGGGACCAAGGCGGCCUGGCUGGCGUCAAGGUCUCCGCCGAGCUUUCCUUCCCUUUAUCCCCCGGAUGCUCGUCUUACGGCAGAACCCUCAGAGCUGGGGCUCUGGGCUGGCUGAGUCUGUGCACUCUUCUGUCCUUGUCAAUGAGCUUGUGCUGGAGGGCUGCCCCCCCACCCCCACCCCCACCCCCAUGGAGGAGCGCACGCUUCCGCUUCCUUUUCUCCUUCUGGGGAGCAGGAAGAAGAACCGAGCAUGUGAGAGCCAACUGCGAAACACCAGCUCUUCCAAGGCGUAUUCAAGUGCAGGUUGAAGGGUUUCAGUGGCCCCACUUGUACAGGACUACAAAUACCUGGUCCCCUCUCCAGCAGCAUGGCCCAACCACAGCCAGAAAGGAAGGCUCCAAACAUGUGGGCCAAGCCUGAGAGAGGGUCCUGCGGAAGCCUCAAGGCAAAGAGACACAGAGCCUCACAUUGACCGAGAAACCCGCAGAUCAACGUCCUGUGUAUUGUGUUACAUUGUGAUGGAUUUUGUUCAGCAUUGAAAAUUGCGUUUUCAUCACUUUGGAUCCCCUACGAGGGUGUCGAAGGGGAGUCUGACAGCUCUCCAACAGAACCUUCUGGAGAGACGCAGAGCUCUGAGGAUAUACGGAGCACCCUUUCCCCCCACGUAUGGAGCAGCCUUUCCCUCCACACACGGAGCAGCCUUUCCCUCCACACACGGAGCACCCUUUCCCUCCACACACGGAGCACCCUUUCCCCCAGGAUUUUCUAGGACUAUAAUACUGAAGGGGAUUCCCUGUGGAGAGUACGGGUCACAGAGCGUUCUGAAGUUCUCUUUCUGUUCUUCUAAAUGUGCUCUUAGGAAAGGUUUAUACUAAUUGGGAGCUUUUUCCUUCCUUAAGUUCAUUGAGGGCUUAAAUCUUUGAAGGCAAAUUUACGAAGCAGAAUAUAAGCUCAAUUUCUCUGUUUGUCUAAUAAUGAGUGACAAAAAUGGUCUCCUCAUUCAUGUCAUGUGGCAGAAGGACGUGACCAAAGGAGGAGGAUGCCAAGCAAAGGAGCAAGCAGUGACUUUAUGUGCCCUGAACCGGCUGCUGCAGUCGCUGUGAAGGCCUGCAGGAACCCGGAAACAAUGACCAGUCCAUGGUAUCCCCAUGCCGGGAACGUGUCAGCUGUUGCUCUACAAGCCUCCGUGUCGGGCUCUGCUUGGCACCAGUGGGAUGCCAUUGGCUUGGCCCCGGGGAGGGCAGCUGUGUAGCCUUUCGACAUGUUCCGGUGCCACAAGAAGGUAAGAUCUGUUGGGCCACAGCAGAAAUAGAGAAAUGCUUUGGUGCGGAUGGCCAGAGCAGGCUCUGUGUGCCCUCUUCGGCCUCUCGUCAUGCCCAGCACCACAUAGGGAAGCAUCGUUUGGAGCGUUGUCGGGGACAGAGGCUUCACACGGCUUUUUGUCAGUGAUAUUCUCGUCUUCAAAUGACAUACAGUGGGGGUUGGCAGAGCAACAGAUAAAAAGAGAAUCCAUUUCAUCUUUGACUUAAAAAAGGAAAAGAUUUAAAAGGCAUUUAACAGCGAAAGAGCUGAAGAAACUGAAGUCUUUGAAAAUGCAGAGCUGACACCCUCAAGCUCCGCUUCAUAGUGAAAGCUGGCCAUGAUGAUGCCCAUUUAAACAUGGUGCUUGGAGGAGGAGCUGGGCACACUUGGAGUGGACCUCUGAAAAGCUCUGCCCAUUUGAUGGCACGAAUCUAGUAGACUUUAUUUUUACUACUUUGUUAUUUAUUUUGAUUACGGUAUUCCUAAGAAUAAGCUUUAAGUGUCACGAAGAAGUUCAUUUUCCCAGAGUCUGACAGGAUGGGGAAAACUCACAACGUUUCAUAAUACACGCAGUAGAGUCUGUCGCAGUUGUCAGAGUGAGGAUCAAAGGAGAAACGGAGUCAUCUAGGAAUACUUCUAAGGACAAUUUCAAAUGCCAGCAUAGCUAAAACUGCUUGGAAAGACUAUUGUGAACACCCGAAAGACAUCUCAAUAAACACCUAUUAAACACCCACUA